AUGAAGAAAUCAAUCAAUGGGGAAAUAGUUAAUGUUUCAAAAGAACUCGUGAAGCUUUCGAAUAACUUAAUUACUCAAAUGAUGCUUGGUAUUAAGUAUUCUUCAAGUAAAGAGAGGGGAAAGGAAGUUUAUUUUCUGAUUAGGGAGGUCACAGAGAUUUCUGGUCAGUUCAAUGUCUCAGAUAUUUUUGGCUUUUUACGAAACCUAGAUUUACAAGGGUUUCUUAAAAAAUCUACUGAUAUAAGAAGCAGAUAUCAUAUUUUGCAUGAAAGAAUCAUCAAGGAGCGCGAAGAAGUAAGAAGCAAGGCGAAUAGUGAGGGCGGUAAUAAGAUGGUGAAAGAUUUUUUGGAUAUCUUACUUGAUGCAUCCAAAAAUAUGAACUCAGAGAAAGCUAGGAAAGAAAUAGAUUCGUUUGUGGGUAGGAAUGUUAGGUUGGUGGAUGAAUCUGAUCUUCCAUAUCUUCAAUCGAUCUUUAAAGAAGUGUUUUGUCUUCACGCUCCUGCAUCCAUGAUUGCUGGAGAAUCCACCCAAGAUUUCAUUAUAGGAGGCUGUAGUAUUCCAGUUAAAACUAGGUUGUUUGUGAAUGUGUGGUCUAUCAAUAGGAAUCCCAAGUACUGGAAAAACCAGUUGGAAUUUCAACCAGAAAGGUUUAUAAUACCUGAAGGUGUUGAUGGAAAAAGUGAUCAGUAUUAA